CAAGAAGGAGGAGGAGGAGGGCGAGCCCCGCCGCUGGCGUCCCCGAGUCCUCGCCCCUCGGAGCGCCCUGAGCCUCGGCAGGGAGGGGGGUCGUGUGUGGUGUGUGUAUCUGUGUGUGUCUGUGUGUGGUGGGGGGGCGCGCCCGCGCUGCCGGGGCGACUGAGGCGGCCGGACCGCGGCCGGGAGGAGGAACUGAGGCGCCGACGGCGGACAGUCGGACGCACGGACUGGCAGGAGCCGAGGAGUGUUCUGUUAUUGAAGUAAAAUACUAUAGAUUUUCUGAAACUGAACAUUGGAAUGCAUGAGUUAAAGUGUUGCUGAUGCAUAGUCAAAAUGAGUGGAUUAGGAGAAAACUCCUUAGAUCCACUGACUACUGAUUCCCGAAAACGUAAAUUGCCAUGUGAUACUCCAGUACAAGGUUUGAUUGGCAGUGGGGAGAAGUGGCGACGGGAGCAGGAGAGUAAAUACCUCGAGGAGUUGGCUGAAUUGAUAUCUGCUAAUCUCAGUGACAUUGACAGUUUCAAUGUCAAACCAGAUAAAUGUGCAAUUUUAAAGGAAACCGUGAGACAAAUCCGACAGAUAAAGGAACAAGGAAAGGCAGCUUCCAUUGAUGAUGAUGUUCAGAAAGCUGAUGUAUCUUCUACAGGGCAGGGAGUUAUUGAUAAAGAUUCCUUAGGACCACUUUUACUACAGGCCUUAGAUGGUUUUCUCUUUGUGGUGAAUCGUGAUGGGACCAUUGUAUUUGUGUCAGAAAAUGUCACACAGUACCUGCAGUAUAAGCAAGAAGACUUGGUUAAUACCAGUGUCUACAGUAUCUUACAUGAAGAUGACAGAAAGGAUUUUCUCAAGAAUUUGCCUAAGUCAGCAGUAAAUGGAGAUCCAUGGACAAGUGAGACACCUAGACAAAAAAGUCACACAUUUAAUUGCCGUAUGUUGGUGAAAACAGUGCACGAUAUUCUAGAUGAUGUGGGUGGCAGUCCUGAUAUGCGCCAGAGAUAUGAGACAAUGCAGUGUUUUGCCUUGUCUCAGCCACGGGCUAUGAUGGAGGAAGGAGAAGAUUUACAAUCUUGUAUGAUAUGUGUGGCGCGCCGCAUCAGUACAGUGUUCCCUUCAAACCCUGAAAGCUUUAUUACUAAACAUGACCUUUCAGGCAAAGUUGUCACUAUAGAUACAAACUCACUGAGGUCUUCCAUGAGACCUGGCUUUGAAGAUAUAAUCAGAAGGUGUAUCCAGAGAUUUUUUAGCCUUAAUGAUGGACAGACAUGGUCCCAAAAACGGCACUAUCAGGAAGCUUAUAUUCAGGGACAUGCUGAAACUCCUGUGUAUCGGUUCUCCUUAGCUGAUGGGACUAUAGUGACUGCCCAAACAAAGAGCAAACUUUUUCGGAAUCCAGUAACUAAUGAUCGCCAUGGCUUUCUUUCUACUCACUUCCUACAGAGAGAGCAGAAUGGAUAUAGAACAAAUCCCAACCCAGUGGGACAAAACAUACGAGCUCCCACAGUCGGAUGUGCCAGUUCUGUUGGAGGAAUGAAUGUGUCGCCAAAUCAAAGCCUGGCAAUACAGAAUAGGCCUUACUCCUUGGGUGAUCCCAAUGCAGUGGGACAGAUGAGUGGCAUUAGAUAUGGAGGCCCUAAUAACAUAAGCUCUGUAAAUCUUGGACCAGGAAUGCAAUCCUCUCCCUAUCAAAACAACAAUUAUGGGCUAAAUAUGAACAGCCCCCCACAUGGUAGCCCUGGCCUUGGCUCCAAUCAGCAGAACAUAAUGAUUUCUCCUCGUAACAGAGGUAGUCCAAAGAUGCCUUCACAUCAGUUUUCUCCUGUUGCAGGUAUGCAUUCUCCAAUGGGGUCUGCUAGCAACACUGGUGGGAACAGUUUCUCCAGUAGCUCUCUCAGUGCCCUGCAAGCCAUCAGUGAGGGUGUGGGGACUUCUCUUUUGUCUACGCUUUCUUCACCGGGCCCCAAGUUGGAUAAUUCUCCAAAUAUGAACAUAAAUCAACAAAGUAAAAUAGGCAGCCAGGAUUCUAAGAGUCCCGCUGGCAUAUAUUGUGAACAGAGUCAGGUGGAAAGUUCCAUAUGCCAAGCCAAUAGCAGGGACCACUCCAGUGAUAAAGACAGUAAAGAAACUGGUGUCGAAGGGCCAGAGAAUCAGAGGGGACCACCUGAAGGCAAAGGCCAUAAAAAACUACUUCAGUUACUAACAUGCUCUUCGGACGACCGGGGACAUUCCACUCUGACAAAUUCUCCAUUAGAUCCAGGAUGUAAAGAUUCUGCUGCCAGUGUCACUAGCCCUUCUGGAGUCUCCUCUUCUACAUCUGGAGGAGUUUCUUCCACAUCAAACAUGCAUGGCUCCCUGCUGCAAGAGAAGCACAGAAUUUUGCACAAAUUGCUGCAGAAUGGGAAUUCUCCUGCUGAAGUAGCCAAGAUUACAGCCGAAGCUACUGGGAAAGACACGAGUAGUGUAGCUUCUAGUGAAGGAAUAGUUAAGCAGGAGCAGCUAAGUCCCAAGAAGAAGGAAAACAAUGCACUUCUUCGAUAUCUGCUUGAUAGGGAUGAUCCUAAUGAUUCUCUUUCUAAAGACAUAAAACCUAAAGUGGAAGGUGUAGAUAACAAAAUGGGGCAGUGCGGCACCUCUUCUAUUCCUACUUCAAAUCAAGAAAAAGAGAUUAAAGUUAAGACUGAACAAAAUGAAGAGGUGAGUGGAGACUUGGAUAAUUUAGAUGCUAUUCUUGGUGACCUGACAAGUUCUGACUUUUAUAACAAUGCCAUGUCCACAAAUGGUAAUAACCUGGCAAAUAAGCAACAGAUGUUUCAAGGAAAUACCCCUCUAGGUUUGAGAAGCCCACAGUCUCUGCCAUCUGCUCGUCCUCCUUUUAAUCGAGCUGUGUCUUUGGAUAGCCCUAUACCUGUUGGUUCAAGCCCUCCAGUAAGAAAUAUUAAUGCAUUUCCCAUGUUACCAAAGCAGCCUGUGGUAAGCGGGAAUACAAGGAUGUUGGAUACGCAGGAGAAUUUUGGCUCUAACAUGGGUGGACCAAAUAGAAAUAUGACUAUGAACCAUCAUCCCUCAGGAGAGUGGGGUUUGCCAAAUUCUAAAGUUAGCAGAAUGGAACAAAAUGCAGGUUCAUUGGUGAGGCCAGGAACUGACUUUAGCAAUUCUUUACCCAGACCUGCAAUGGGUGGUACUUUGCCUGGACUUCCUGUUAGGUCCAAUAGUAUACCUGGUACAAGGCCAAUGCUGCAGCAGCAGAUGAUUCAUAUGAGGCCUGGUGAGAUUCCUAUGGGCAUGGGAGUAAAUGCCUACGGCCAGACAGGACCUUCUAAUCAACCUGGAUCUUGGCCUGAUAAUAUGUUAUCCAUGGAUCAGGGGUCUCGUGGGACACAAAAUAGAGCCCUUGUUAGGAAUUCCCUAGAUGAUCUCUUGUGUCCUCCUUCUAACAUAGAAGGUCAGAGUGAUGAAAGAGCUCUUUUGGAUCAGUUACAUACUCUGUUGAGUAAUACAGAUGUCAUGGGACUUGAAGAAAUUGAUAAAGCUCUGGGAAUCCCUGAUCUUGUAAAUCAAGGACAAGCUUUGGAAGCUAAGCAGGAGUCUUUCCAAAGUCAAGAAUCUGCAGUGAUGAUUGAACAAAAGUCUGCUCUAUAUGGACAAUCCUAUCAAGCCCAAUCUGCAGUAAUACAAGGAGGUUUCAGUAAUCUUCAGGGACAACAGCAACCGUAUAAUUCAAUGAUGAAUCAAAUGAGCCAGCAGGGUAGCUUUCCACUACAGGGAAUGCAUCCCAGAGCUAACAUGAUGAGACCCCGAACAAAUACACCAAAACAGCUUAGAAUGCAACUCCAGCAGAGACUCCAGGGCCAGCAGUUUCUGAACCAGAGUCGUCAGGCCCUUGAAAUGAAAAUGGAAACCCCUCCUGCUAGUGGGGCUACAGUGAUGAGGCCUGUAAUGCAGGCCCAAGUAAACUCUCAGCAAGGUUUUCUCAAUGCCCAGAUGGUAGCCCAGCGCAGCAGAGAGCUGAUUAGUCACCACAUCAGACAGCACCGGAUGGCAAUGAUGAUGCAGCAGCAGCAGCAGCAACAGACCCAGACCUUCAGCCCUCCCCCUAAUGUGACUGCUUCAGCCGGCAUGGAUGGUGCUUUGACUGGGACCUCAAUGCCACAAGCUCCUCCACAACAGUUUUCAUACCCACCAAAUUAUGGAAUGAGCCAACAGUCAGAUCCUGCCUUUAGCAGAGUAGCUAGUCCUCCCAGUGCAAUGAUGUCAUCAAGAAUUGGUGCCUCCCAGAACCCCAUGAUGCAGCACCCUCAGACUGCACCAAUGUAUCAGUCCCCGGAAAUGAAGGGCUGGCCAUCAGGAACCUUGUCCAGGAACAGUUCAUUUCCACAGCAGCAGUUUACCCCCCAGGGUAGCCCUGCUCCCUACAGUAUGAUGCACAUGAAUGGUAGCAGUGGCCACAUCGGACAAAUGAAUAUGAAUUCUAUGCCCAUGUCUGGGAUGCCCAUGGGUCCUGAUCAGAAAUACUGCUGACACAUGAAGUCCAGAACCUCCUGCUGAAAAGCACUGUACAAAAGUCUCUGCACUAGUAUUUUCAGGAGGUAAAAUAAGGGGUUACACAUUGUUUGUUAGUGACAUCUCACUUAAGGAAAGGACCUAGUUCCCCCAAAUCUUCAUUAAGGUAUUCCAAGUAACUUCAUUUGAACAGAUCUGGGUCAUGAGCUAAAAUAUUGUCUACCUGUUUUUCUGUAUAUUGUGGUAUAUUAAGCAAUGGACAUAAAUAUUUUUGGCAUUCUGCCUCUAGAGAUGUGAAUCUGGCAAUGGCAUUUUAGUAAAUAUGGUAGACUCCCUGUGUGUUAUUAUUUCUUUCUGCCUUGCUAUCCAAAGCCCUUUAAAUGUAGGCAGGCCAAAGAAAGUGGAGAAGUUGUGGGAUAGAAAAGUCUGGUUUCUCUAGUAGCAAUGUCUGACACAGAAUGUAGUUCCCAGCCUUGAGGCCUUUUUCCAUUGGUGAACAGUCCUCUCUUAACCUCUUGUCCCCAGUUAAUCAGAAUGCUUGAGGUCAUGUCCUCAACUUGAUAAGGGUUUUGGACUCCCCACCACCAUUGA